AUGGAGACCAUAGAUACAGGUUAUAUCAAGCAUGAUUUAGUGAAGCAGGAGGCCAUUUCAAAUUGUAAUGCUGGUAAAUGGUCAUCAUUUCUUUGUAUUUUGGGUCUUUCUUCUGUUUUACAUAGAAAUAUCUUCACAUAUUACCCUGAUUGUGGCGAACUUAGAUCUAAACUUUUAUUUAAUCGUAUUAUUCAGCCUCGCUUGCGUGCUGAAAAGGGUGUAAAAGAUCUUCAUAUUCUAUUCUGUCAUGAAGGUGACAUUAGACCUGGAGAAACAUUUCAGUCUAAUCACUUUGCCCCUCUUCUUUUUCAUGCACGGCUGCAAAAACGAAAAUUUGUUGCUAGUUCACAGGCAUCAACAGCAGCCAAGAAACAAAAGGUAUCUUCUUAUUCCUCUAAAAAAGCUUUGAAAAUUCCUUCUGGUAACAUUUCUAACUUUUUUAAUGUAGCAGAAAAACCCUUUGCCAACCCAUCUUCUCAGAAGAAACCUAAUGAGGCUUUUUCUUCUGCUGCAUCACUAGCUGCCCAUAAGCAGAAACAGAUUAGUAUACCUACCACUUCAGCAAAUCCAUUAGCUAACAAGAAACCUAUUGAGUCUUUUUCUUCUGCCACAUCAUCCCGUAAGCUGAAACAGCCUAUUAAACCUACCACAUCAGUAGGUUCUGUUAUUUCUUCCAGUCCCAAACCAAGCAGAUCCUUAUCAAACUCUGUUCCACAUUCCAGUAGUCAUUGUUCUGGUAAUUUAAAGUCUAAUUUUGUUCAUAACUUUGAUGUUGCAUCAUACCGGGAGAGAGUUAAGGGUAUGGAUUCUUCUGAGAUUUGUGAGUUAGUUAGAAAUGUCUUUAAGCCUGACAAAAAAUUUUCCUUUCCUAAGACUAAUGGUAGAAGCUUUAGGUAUAAUUGGUUGGAAUCGUACUCAUGGCUUUGCUAUUCACCAUCUAUGGAUGGUGCAUUUUGUUUGUCUUGUGUGCUGUUUGGAGAUAUUUUUUCUGGGAAAGCUAAAAAGAUAACUAGAUUGUUUUCAGAACCCCUUUGCCGUUGGAAUGAUGCUGCAUUUACUUUUAAAAAACAUGCUGGCCAUAGUACAGGAGGAGAAAUGGGACUGCAUGCUUCAACAUUUCCAAUGUUAACUGCAUUACUUGCUCAAAUGUCGGGGGCUGCACAACCAAUAGAGGUCAUAUUAGAUAAAAAUGUUAAGAAAGAAAUUGAGGAGAACAGGAAUAAGCUGGCUUCGAUUGCUGAUGCUGUCCUCUAUUGUGGUCGUCUAGGUCUGCCACUACGCGGCCAUCGUGAUGAUUCUCAAUAUCAUCCAGAGGUCGGGCAGUAUUCUACUGGGGGUGUUGGCAAUUUUAUUGAAACUAUUAACUUAAAAGUGCGAUCAGGUGAUAAAGUUUUGGAGAAUCACUUGAAAACAUGUGGCAAAAAUAAAAGCUACAUUUCUAAGACCAGUCAAGAUAAGAUGAUCAAGUGCUUUGGUCAGGUUAUCUCCGAACAGAUUGUAAGCGAUAUUAAGGAAAGUAAGUUCUUCACUAUUAUUGCUGAUGAGGCUGCAGAUUCAUCACACAAAGAGCAAAUGGCCCUUGUUUUGCGUUUUGUUGAUAAAAAUAUGGAUAUUAGAGAGGAGUUUAUUGCUUUCCUUCAGUGUAAGUGGGGAUUAAGUGGAGAGAAUCUUGCCAAACUUUUAUUGGAUGCUCUCAAUGACCUUGAUUUGCCGAUUGAGAAUUGUCGAGGACAGGGGUAUGAUGGUGCUGGUUCUGUUGCUGGUUGUGUAAAAGGUUUGGCUGCUCAUAUAUUAAGACUUAAUCCCAAAGCUCUUUACACUCACUGCUAUAGCCAUAGGCUAAAUUUGUCAAUUUGCGAUAGUUUGUCAGUUAUUGAGGUCAAGAAAAUGCUCAAGCAUGUGAAAGAAGUGACUAAUUUUAUAAAUAUUUCUCAAACUCGUAAUAUGCCUUUUGCGGAGACUGUUCACAAUAGUUCUGAAACCGACUCAAAAAAAACUAGACUGCCGGAUGUUUGUCGAACUAGAUGGGUUGAACAUAUUAAGGGUUUGAGCACUUUUGAAGAUCUGUUCAUUCCUGUUUUCAACUUGCUUGAUGAUAUGACAAAUGGAAAAUACAAUCCUUCUCUUCGUACUGAUGCAUCCGAUUUGCUUUCGCUUAUUUCUGAUUUUGAGUUUGUUGCAAUUAUGGUUAUUACCAGAAAUAUUUUUGACAUAACUCUUCCUGCAACACAGCUUUUGCAAGGCAAGAGUAUUGACGUAAUGGAAGGUAUUGAAUUGGUCUCUUCUUUGAAGACUAGUGUUGUUAAUGUAAGGAAUUCUAUUGGCUGCUCAUAUAUUAAGACUUAA